AUGUCCAUCCAGCUGCUGAACAAGAAGGCGGACAGCCUCCGCUCCACCAACGUGCUGCUGACGAAUAUUAACGCGAGCAAAGGGAUGUACGAAAUAAUAAAGAGCAACCUGGGUCCCAAGGGGAGUUACAAAAUGUUGGUGAGCAGCUCUGGUGCGAUUAAAAUUACUAAGGAUGGUAAUGUUCUGCUUAACGAAAUGAUGAUUCAGCACCCAACAGCGAGCAUGUUGAGUAGAAUAUGUUCUUCCAUCGACGAGACAUUAGGAGAUGGGUCCAGCAGCAACCUCAUCGUAGCGACCUCGUUAAUAUACCUAUCUGAAAAGUACAUUUUGUAUGAGAGCAUCCAUCCCCGUAUCAUCACCCAAGGGUUCGAUCAAGCAAAAGCAAUUCUUCUAGAUGUACUGGAGUCCAUGAAAAUACCCAUAAACAUAAAGGAACACUUUAAUAAAGAACUCCUGUACAAUGUGGCAAAGACAUGUGUUCGAACCAAAUUACCAAUCCCCCUGGCCGAUAAGCUAGCUGAUGAUUUAGUAGAAAGUAUAAAAAUUAUUUACAACCCUGAAAAACAAAUUGAUCUUCAUAUGAUUGAAAUAAUGGAUAUAAAAAAAAAUAUGAGCAUAAAUACAAAGUUGGUUAGAGGUAUGGUUUUGGACCAUGGGUGCAGACAUCCUAAUAUGCCUAACAAACUAACCAAAUGCUUCACUUUAGUUUUGAAUGUUAGUUUGGAGUAUGAAAAGAGUGAAGUGUUUUCUUCUUUUGUUUAUUCUAAUGCAGAGGAUAGAGAUAAGCUAGUUCAGUCGGAGAGGAAAUUCACUGAUGAUAAGGUAAAGAAAAUUAUUGAAUUAAAAAAAAGUAUAAUUGAAAAAAAAUUUAAAGAAACCAAUGAAGUGUAUAACUUUGCUGUGUUCAAUCAGAAAGGUAUUGAUCCUAUUAGCUUAGAUUUACUGGCCAAGGAAAAUAUCAUGGCCUUAAGAAGAAUUAAAAGAAGAAACUUAGAACGCAUAGUCCUCUGUUGUGGUGGAAAUGCUUGUAAUAAUGUGUACGAUUUGACGGAGGAAGAUGUGGGAUUUGCAGGACUCGUUUAUGAAAUAUGUAUUAACGAUGAAAAGUAUACCUUCAUUGAAGAUGUGGUGAACCCUAAAAGUUGUACCCUAUACAUACAAGCCCCAAAUGAUUAUACCAUUAAACAAAUAAAAGAUGCCAUUCGAGAUGGACUUAGAAGUAUAAAAAAUGCUAUUGAAGAUCAGUGUGUAAUUUCAGGAGCAGGCUCAUUUGAAAUUAUGGCCUAUUGUAAAUUAAAAGAAGAAGAAAAAAAAAUGAAAGGAAAACAAAAAUUCUCAUUCGAUGUUUAUGCAAAUAGCUUGCUCAAUAUUCCAAAAAUACUUUUAGAAAAUAGUGGACUUGAUAUUCACGAGACGCUAUUCAAUGUGAUUGAUCAAUAUAUGGCUGACCAGUCGGAACCCCUUGGCCUCGAUUUGGACACUGGCGAGCCCAUCAUCGCGCAUUUGAAGGGCAUAUACGACAACUACUGUGUGAAGAAGCAAAUCAUCUCCAUCGCUACGGCCAUCUCGCAACAGAUCCUCCUCGUCGACGAGAUCAUACGGGCGGGAAAGUCGAUGGGUGAAGAGAAGUAA